GAAGCGACGGGGCCCGUCUGCCGCGGCCGGGCGCGGCGGGGACAGGGACGGGGCCGGGGCCGGGGCCGGGCGCCGCCAUGCCCCGGGACAACAUGGCCUCCCUGAUCCAGCGGGUGGCGCGGCAGGCGCGCAUCACGUUCCGCAGCCCGGCGGGGCCGGCCUUCGGGGAGAACCUGCACCGGCUGCAGCAGCUGCUGGACGAGGUGCGCGCCGAGGACUUGCACUUGGCCCCGAGGGGGCCGGCGCCGGUGGCGGGCGCGGCGGGCGCGGGGUGCCCGCGUGCCGGCGUGGUGCCGCCCGUCAGCUACAUGCACAUCUGCGAGACGGAGAGCUUCAGCAUGGGCGUGUUCCUGCUGCGGAGCGGCGCCUGCAUCCCGCUGCACGACCACCCGGGGAUGAACGGCAUGCUCAAGGUGCUCUACGGCACGCUGCGCAUCGCCUGCAUGGACGCGAUGCCCCCCGCCGCCGCCGCCGCCCCCUCGCCGCCGCCCGCCGCCGCCGCCGGCCCGGGGCCGUGCCUGCGCGCCCUGCUGCGCUCCCGGCAGCACUACACGCCCGCCUCGCCGCCCUGCCUGCUGUCGCCGCACAGCGACAACCUGCACCAGAUCGACGCGGUGGAGGGGCCCGCCGCCUUCCUCGACAUCCUGGCGCCGCCCUACGACCCCGAGCACGGCCGGGACUGCCACUACUACCGCCUGCUGGAGGGGCCGCCGCCCGGCACCGAGCUGCCGCGGGAGGUCUGGCUGCUCGAGACGCCGCCGGCCGCCGACUUCUGGUGCGGGGGCGAGCCCUACCCGGGGCCCCGCGUCUGCCCCUGAGGCGGCCGCGCCGGCCCCCGGGACCCCCGGGGCCGUUGGGACGGUUGGGACCGUUAGGAGCGUGGGGACCGUUGGCGCCGCCCCCCGGCGCAGCGCGGGCCGGGCCCUGAGGGGACCCCGCGGCCGCCCCCCCUGCGGCCGGCCGGCGGGCACCGCGCUGAGGCCCGAGGGCGCCGAGCCCCCCGCGGGUCCCUCCCGAGUGGGUGCGGCACGGGGGGGCUGCGGGGCGAAGAGCCCCGUCGCCUCGUCGCCUCACGGCCCUGCCCCGCUCACAGCGGGGGCAGGAAGGCGGCGCAGCCUAUUUAUUUCCCUGCGACUGAUGUGAAAUGAUGGAAGAGUCGCGCGGUCACGUUCCUGCUCGACUGAGUGUUUGGGGAGAAAUAGUCCAGCGCCCCGUGUAAAUAGCUGGGGCCACGCUUCAGUAAAAGGGGGACCGGACUCCGGCGGGGAGUAAAUGCAAUAAGAGUCCUUCUCAGAGCCGCCCCGGUGUCCCCGCGGGCCUGCUGCCCACAGGUGGCGGGGCUGCUCGCUGCUCGGCUGUUGGGGACUCCAGAAUGAGUUUCAGUAAGAGUUGGACUGAACUGGCCAAAAAAAAAAAAAAAAAACGCAAACCAGAACAACUCUUGAGGCAGGAAAUGCUCCCUGAGCACCAGUGGUUCCCGGGGUUGUGGUUAAGUGAACUCCCCCUCCUAAGGGACAAUGUCAGGUUCAGAAUUACUUUUUAGCAGUUCGUUUAAGUGUUAUGUGUAAGAUCCAUCUGUUACAACUGAAAUUACAGAGCAUUUCUAUGCAUAUUUUCUUCAGCCAGGAGGAGACUAGUCAGCUGCUAAUUAACCUUGCUUGGAAGUUCUCAUACGGCAGUGGCCGAGGGUAGCGGAAACUAUGGGCAUCUUUAGAAAAAACAGACUAUCCACUGUUGCCUCAUGGAACACGUGCUUCAUGGAACACUAGAGACAUUACUUUUUUGCAAAUAACCUACAUAUCCAGCAGUAUGCAUACCCUAGGUUGAGAUAAGAUUUGACCUGAUACCUUCUCUCUAAAAUGUGGUCUGUGUUUUUAUAUGGACAAGUGAACACUUUGGGCUUUGGAAGCCUUGCGGUUUCCGUCUUUAUACUAUUUAUAAAGAUUACUUUUUCAUAAGGCUUUUAAAUAAACAUAGCGUAGAAGACACACGGUGAAUUUUGCCUUGCUAUGGUAUAAGCAGCCUUGAGAUCCAGUUUGUCCUCGACAGGGGAUGCGAUCUUUCUAACAGGGGAGAAACUUUUUCUAUAGGUGACAUGCUCCGUUUAUACUGCAGGGAAUGGUCUUGUGCCUGUUUAUCCUAAAGCACGCUUCGUACCACAAAGCCCAGCCGGGGCAGCCUUCACCCUCGCGGUCACGAUGUGGGAAUUUGAAUAAAAAACCACGACUUAACCAACUUCCUAAGUGAUGUACCAACCUGCUCCAGAAACUGUUCCACAACUGGCUUUCAUUUUUCUUUGUGUAUUUAUAAAAGCAGACUUGUUUUUCCUGUGCAGUUGCUUGUAUGUGUGAAUUUUUAAGUGAUGGCAUUGGUUUUUUAACUUUUUUUGGGGGGAAGGGGAGAGGGACUGCUGAAGAAUGAACAUAAAAUGCAGUCAGCAUUAUGCAUGCACGUAUUAAUUCUUUUGCAAGGAGAAAUCGGUGGAAAUUAUUUCAUGCAAUUUCCAUUUAUUCUUACAGCACUUUAAAGUGUCUGAUAUUUCUGCAGCUGGCUUACCUGUUUUUCCUGGAAUUCCCCUGCAGCUUAGCAUUAGUUAAUGUGCAACAAUUCUCUAUCGAACGUAGUCAUUAACUAUAAUGCAGUGUCUCAGUAUGGCACAGCCUGUGUUUCUCAUUCGCUCCAAUGCUACUGAAGACCAUCAUCCCUUAUCAGAAGCCCACAAAGAAGAUAGUGUGCUGCAUGCAAACAGCUGUACUGGAAAAACAAACUGCGACAGACUAUUUCGAUUUUGGAUCUUGUCUGCUCUAUCCUCCCCCUUAGGUCUCUCUCUUUUUUUUUCUUUUUCUUUUUUUUUUUAAAAAAAAGUCUUUUCCAUGUGUAAAAUCUAGCCGAGAUGUUUAAUGGGAUAGGACUUUAAUGCAUCUUUCCAUAGAGGACAGCAUGGUCCCUUACAUUGCAGAAUGCUGUUAACAGUCAUGGCAAAAUCUUUUUUUUUUUUAAUAAAGGUGUUAGCAUCAAAGUAUUAAAGUCAUAGUGCCAGGGAAAAUAGCAAAGAAAACCUGAGAUGCAUUAAAGAAAAGCCUCUGUGUAACUUCUUGCUUACUCAGUGAUUGAAACUUACUUCAUAUGUUCUGGAUAUCUGUAAGCAGAAGGUUUGAGUCUGUAACGCUGUUCCUUCUCUCUGCAAACUGAUUAUUGUGUUUUCACAACAGCAAAAUCACUGUUAUUGCUGAAUUACAGAAUAAAUACAGGAUAUCUCA